GGGGCUGCCAGGCAGAGGUGAACCCCCACGCCCCCAGGCCCCGCCCCACGGCUGGAGGCCCGAGUGGAACGGCAGGGGGCGGGGCGGCCAGGCCUGGCGGGCCCGUGGUUGGGCGUCCCGGCCGCCCCUUGAGGCAUGGGGCGGGGUAGGUGAGGACCUCCUCCCUCGUUCCCUCUCGGGCCGCGCCGCCCCUCUCGCCCGCCCCUCCUCCUCCCUUUCCCACCCCUCGGAGUGGAGCUGCACAUGCGGCUGCUCCCUGUUCUGUCCCGCCCAGCCACCGUCGCUCAGGAACGGGUCCCUGCAGCCCCCAGCCGAUGGCAGGACAGUAGUCGCCUGUCAGGGGUCGUGAAGGACUGAGGCAGAGGCAGUGGCUCCCGGGCCUCAGAUAGUGGUUGUCUCUGGAGGCCAUGGGCUACCCUGAGGUAGAGCGCAGGGAACCCCUGCCUGCUGCAGCGCCAAGGGAGCGGGGCAGCCAGGGCUGCGGCUGUCGCGGGGCCCCUGCUCGGGCGGGCGAAGGGAACAGCUGCCGGCUCUUCCUGGGUUUCUUUGGCCUCUCGCUGGCCCUCCACCUGCUGACGCUGUGCUGCUACCUAGAGUUGCGGUCCGAAUUGCGGCGGGAACGGGGAACCGAGUCCCGCCUCGGUGGCCCGGGUGCUCCUGGCACCUCUGGCACCCUAAGCAGCCCUGGGAGCCUCGACCCUGUGGGUCCCAUCACCCGCCACCUCGGGCAGCCGUCCUUUCAACAGCAGCCCCUGGAACCAGGAGAAGAUCCACUCCCCCCUGACUCCCAGGACCGGCACCAGAUGGCACUCCUGAAUUUCUUCUUUCCUGAUGAAAAGCCAUAUUCUGAAGAGGAAAGUAGGCGUGUUCGCCGCAAUAAAAGAAGCAAAAGCGGUGAGGGAGCAGAUGGUCCUGUUAAAAACAAGAAAAAGGGAAAGAAGGCAGGGCCACCUGGGCCCAAUGGUCCCCCAGGACCUCCAGGACCUCCAGGACCCCAGGGACCUCCAGGAAUUCCAGGAAUUCCUGGGAUUCCAGGAACAACUGUUAUGGGACCACCUGGCCCUCCUGGCCCUCCUGGUCCUCAAGGACCCCCUGGCCUCCAAGGACCUUCUGGUGCUGCUGAUAAAACUGGAACUCGGGAAAACCAGCCAGCUGUGGUGCAUCUGCAGGGCCAAGGGUCAGCAAUUCAAGUCAAAAAUGGUGGAGUGCUCAAUGACUGGUCUCGCAUCACUAUGAACCCCAAGGUGUUUAAGCUACAUCCCCGCAGCGGGGAGCUGGAGGUACUGGUGGACGGCACCUACUUCAUCUAUAGUCAGGUAGAAGUGUACUACAUCAACUUCACUGACUUUGCCAGCUACGAGGUGGUGGUGGAUGAGAAGCCCUUCCUGCAGUGCACCCGCAGCAUUGAGACAGGGAAGACCAACUACAACACUUGCUAUACUGCAGGCGUGUGCCUCCUCAAGGCCAGGCAGAAAAUUGCCGUGAAGAUGGUGCACGCCGACAUCUCUAUCAAUAUGAGCAAGCACACCACCUUCUUUGGGGCCAUCAGGCUGGGCGAAGCCCCUGCAUCCUAGAUUCUCCCUUUCCAUCCUGCCCCAUGCCCCUGCCCCAGGUUUGGGAGCCAGGACUCCCAGAACCUCUAAGUGCUGCUGUGUGUGGAAUGAGGUAUAUUGCCGUUGCAGCCACAGAGAGAAAUGCUCCAUGCUAUUUAUUCCCCCGUGACUCCAGGAUGACAAGGCCUACAUGACUUCCCAGAAUGACCUUGAGUUGCCAGUACAGUUGAUGGAGCCCCAGGGUUUUCAAGAAGGAGAACCUUCUUAGGCUCCCUGUUGACUGGCUUAUGGUGACUCCUCAACCCCUAAGUCCCUCAUCAGAUGUAUCAUUUGUUGCACUAAAAUGAGGAUCCAAGAUAGUAGGCCACAAAAAACAAAGGUGCACUCCAGAUUCUAGUGCUGAUGGGGGCUGCUUCUUCUCUCCUGGCUGCGGGUGGCAUUGGGUUGUAACUUAAGGAGAGGGUCAAGUCAGAAGAAGGCAAGUCCUUGUGGCAAAGACCUGGGCAAUAACCUGCCAAGUAUGUAUCCUUGGUGGAAGAGGCAUUCUUGCUGCAUUGCACUAGAACCCACUAGAGGCUCAAAGAGAACUUCCCACUAAGGCCGAGGGGUAUACUGUGGCAGCUUGCUGGACUCCAGAGCCAGGAACUUUGCUUUGCCUUGGAAUCAUUGCAGGAAUGGCCUCAAGCCUGCCUAUGUAAGAAGCUGAAUCUAUAUUCGGGGCCAUAUGUGUCUCACUGUGUUUACAGCUAUGGUCUGCUCUCAGAAAACUACCUGGAGUCUUCCUGCCUGUCACCCUCCCCAGACUGACUAGAAAUCAUAUCUUCUUUCUCCACAGUGCCUACCUCUGUUUGAGACAGGUGCUUCAUGGUGUAUUCUUGGGCACAAAGAAUUUUCCACUGAUUAGGCAAUACAAUUAUUAUUCAUCUAAUUCUAAUAAAUUGUGUCUGAGAGCAGGUGAUUAAACUGGAUAACUUCCAAAAGCCCCUUAGAGUUUGAAUAUAGGUGGCGCCCAACAUUUGCCUGCCACAGUAGAGUUCAGAAUUCCCGAAUCAUAUACUCCCUUGGACAUCAGCAAAGCAUAGUUUUUCUACCUUUCUGGGAGGAAGGGGUGUGGGGAUAGAACAGGAAAUGUUGUACAUGUUUGUUGAAACCCAAGAUCUUAUCUGGAAGAACAGCAGGCAAUGGCCCACUAGCCCAGUCUUUCUGUGCUGCUCUCCUAGAGCCAGGCUCAAGAGAAACUAUCUGUCUAGCUAUUGAGCAGGGCUCUGACACCCACUUUAGAUCCAAAGGCACCUCCACCAAUUUUCCUGCAUGGUCAUAUGCUAGAUUUGUGAGCCUUCUUUCCAGUUGCCUAGCUUCAGGUUACCAGGCACAGCCCAAAGCUAGAGGGAUCAACCUUGUCCAGCCUGUACCUCUUGCUCCUGAAGUGUAUUUUUUUUUGAAGAGAUGGGAAAUACAUCCCUGAAAUUCAUCAGAAAUAUCAGGUACUGAUUUCUCAGCUGUACCUCCAUUUCCACAUUGCUUGGUAGGCCAAGGGUCCUUUAUCUAAUGCUGAUUACAGACAGCCUUAGAACCAGAACAACCAGAAAUGGCAUCAACUUUAGACAUGCAUCUGACCCUGGAGGCCUUGACCAUUCAGCAGUGGUAGCAAGAACUAACAGACCCUCUCCUUAAUAUUUGAAGGUUACUUCCUCUUAAUUUCCUUUGAAGAAGAUGGGGCAGAGAAUAUCACAGUUAGCAUUGUAGAUGUAAGGCUGGGAGAGAAAGUGCUUUCACUAAGAGCUCACCUGUAAGUCACAGACCUUAGCUCUUAGAGAGGUCUGACUCCUAAGCUAGUGUCUUACCACACACAACACUGUGUGGAAUUUGGGUCCAGAAAGGAAACUUAAACAUGAUCCCAUGAAACUAACCUCAUUGUGGAGUCCUAGGGAGAAACCUAGCAAUGCUCAAUUUUCAUUACUAUGGUACUGCCUAUUCUCUUGGCUGUCAUAGGCUCUGUGGAAGAAGUCUUAGGUGUUUUCUAACCCUGAACAUAACUCUGGGACCCACAGAUCUGGUAGUCUUCAUGACCUUUCAACCAUCUGAUAAAAGCAACAGCCAUCACACAAGGAGCUGCUACGUGGGGCAAGGUCUUCUGUCUUCCAUUCCUGACCCUAGAUACUAGUUCCGGGAGCCAGCUUGCUCCCUGGUGUCAAGUGUGACUCCUCCCCUCCUGCCAUAUUACAAAUAUCUCGAUGUUGCCAGAACAUCUUCUUCAAGCUGAUGCUGAGAGGGAAAACCUGAGAGGACCACUCUAAAGCCAGAUGGUUCCGGGAAAAUGGAGGAAGGUUCCUAACUGAGCCUCUGCAGGACAUAUCAACCCGAUCAUAUGCUCUGUGAUGGAGAUCAUAGGAGAAGCAAGUUUCUCACUGUACUUUCUUCAUUCUGAACCCCCACAAGGAGCCCCAGAAGAAGAGGGUGGGGGGAAGGGAAUAGUAGAGAGUGCAGGGCCUGCUGUGCUGUGGUCAUUGGCAAGUAAUGAAGCAUUUGCUGACAGGAGGAUAGGGAUAUAGAUUUACAGUUUGGGAUUGUCGUGAUGUGAAGUUAUCCCAAGGCUAGCAUAGAGAACGGGAUGGGGGCAUGUUUGUGUAAGCAGAUGACAUGUUAGAAGGAAAAUUGCACAGUGGGAUCCUCUACCAGCUGCUUGAGCUUCAAAAGCCAAGUUGAAACAAAAUUGUACCUGCUAGAUGUUCUUGGCUAUUGGCUCCCUGGAAGGUGUAUCAUUUGACUUAGUCACCCCUGGAUCCAUCCUGAGCCUAAUCUCUUCAGCUUAGUAAGAAAAGACUAAGAACCCUAGAGACUAACAAGGGCUUUGGUCCUCAUAUGAGUGCUUACGUUUUAUGUGGAUGCAAACAGAUGUAGAGAAAUUUUUGACCUAGAAAGACUUUUAGGGGGAAUGCAGCCCAACCUACAUCACAUCCUGUUACUCAUAUGCAAUUGAUGUCCAGACAGGGAAACUGGCCCACCUAGGACAGUGUAGGCAGGCCCCAACCUCCAUACUCAGCAGUAGAAGGAGGCAGAGCAGCCGGUCCCAUGGGGCCUCCUCUUUCAAACACCCACAGACUCAAAGGUAGAAGUGUUUUUCUCCCUUCGGGAGCCUGGCCAGGCAGGGAGUGUGGCUACAGUCUCUAUCAGAACUUGCCUCCCCACACAUAGUCCCCCAAGAUAUUUGUGCACCUCCUGCCUCUGGGCUGCAAGCCCUAGGCUGGCUCUGAACCAGUUUUUAGGCCUCCCUAGUGUUCCCUGAGGUCCCACCUUUGCCAGGGCUCUCCCUGGGCCAUGCCUACUACAGAAUCUGAUUUUUCUUACUUCAUUUCAGGGCUCUCUCCAGGAGAGGAUGAGGUGUGUCAUUUCUUUAUUCAAAAAGCUUCCAGCUAAUGGGGGUAAGAAGAGAAUGGCCUGGAGCAGGCCCAAUGCUGCUUUGGGGGAGUCAGCAUCCUGUGUGAGAUACUGUGUAUAUAAACUAUAUAUAUAAUGUAUAUAAACAGGGAUGUAAGUUUGUAUAAAUUAAUGGUUUAUUCUUUGCAAAUAAAGUGCUCCCUUCUCCA